AUGCGGUCGAUUGCUGAUUUUUUCAACAAGCCGGCAUUCUCGCGGGCAAAUAAUGCUUCCACACCAGAAACCAAAGGCUCUGACGAACUCGCACCCGAGUCUUCACCCCUCACCGAGCCCUCGUCGUCCAUGAUUAGCAAUCUGUCUCCAGAGUCGGAACAGGAGGCCGAGGCGCAGUUGAAUCGCGCGCUGUAUCUGUCAGCCCAAGAGAGCUUCUCACAACCGGCUCCAUGGCCAAGUUUUCAAAGCACUGAGUCCGCGCCAGUCUCGUCUCUCAAUGAAAGUUUUGGCGGGUCUCAGCGCAUUGUCAAGGACGGCAAAGAGGUAGUCAUCAGUUCCGAUGGAGAAGACACGGAUUCGAUCUGUUCCUUGGACGAUCCAGCUAGUCUCUUUGCCCCGAUCUCCAAGAAGCCUGAGACUGCCCCGGCAUCGGGAACGAACCCGGGGAUCAGAAAGAUUAAAUCGCCGAAGAAGUACAAGCACACAAUCGACUCCCUCGUUUACGCUACCGUGGAUGACAAUGAGAUUGAAGCCAACGUCGCUCGGGUGAAGGCCAAUUUUACGCAGAAUACACCAGAUGGCAAUGAUGGCACGUCCGGCGUUAAUAAAGGACUGAAUGAAAGUGUCCUAACUUCAGCUCUGGGAGAUGACAAUGACGACAGUACCGGAUUACAACGCCUGUUGGAGGCCGUUAGGAGAACCGAAGCCCUGGACCAUGACCGAGCCUGGCGGUUUUUCGACGGCGCCCAAAAGUUGCCUUCGGCUCCAGAAUUUCCACAGCACCUUUUCACGAGGGGAACAUAUCUGGAUGAAUUUCUUGCAGAUCCGGAAGCUCGCGAGCGCCUACUCAUGUCAGGGGACUUUAUUCAGAUGGCUUUACACAAGGGGCUAUUGCCAGACGAAUUAAUUCUGUGGACUUUCCGUUCCAUCCCCUACGAACGUCGAAACGAAAUGAGCAACGUGUACUAUCGAAUUCUCAAGGGCGUUGAUGUGGGCCAUCUCAGAUCACUCAUCCGUCCAGCUGAUAUCGAUGACCUCUUUGCGCGACUGGGGGCCAAGUCCCAGUCAUUGGAUCCUUCCAUCGUGGUUACGCCUAUUCCGUUACAAGAGGCCAGUCCAGACUCCGGGCUGAAGGACAGCUUCCCUCUCAUUUCAAUUUUCAAGUUACUCCGAGAAAUUACCGACCUACUUGCAGAAGAUACCCAAGAGCGAGUCGUGCUCCUCCUACUACGUCUUACGCUUGACUUGUCUUUGACAGCAGACUUCAUGAUCUCGUCGGAGCUUCAGUGGACCAUAAAUGUAGUGCUCGACCGGGACAACUUUACUGAUAUCAAUGCGGAAGACAUGCUUUCUCGAGUUUCUCAAACUUUCUACAACACAACAACAGAUGUCUGCAUACAGAGCCGAGUCGUUCACCACAUCCUCCCAACAUCUCCUUGGUUUGCUCUAUUGCGGUGUCGCCUCGCUGUUUCAUUUUUACUGAAAAUCCCCAACCCGUUGACUGAGCCUCCUGAAGAUGUGCUUGAUCUCAAACGCAUCACGGUUCUCCUGCUUCGCGAUAAGUGGUUCCAUAUAAGACUUUUCAAAGGCAAAGGUGACUAUGAUUACGGGGAGUUGAUUGCUAUCACCGCUCUUCUCAAUGUUGCAAUUGAUUCGUCUGUGUUAGAUUUGCGAUACAGAAAGAACGAAACUGAAAAGGAGUACAAUGCUGCCAUCGACAAGCUGGCAGCUCAGAUCAAGUUAAUAUUCAGCUCCAUCGAGGAUUCAGGUGCCUCGCAUCUCAAGCGGAUGUUAGCCAAAGAAGCUCUGGAGGCCUUGCACUACCGGAUUGUUUAUUCGGUCCGAUCAAAGCCACCACCGAAAAAGACGCUGUUCAAGUCAUAUGCCAGAGAGAGAGAUGGUAACAUUCGGAACUUGUUCGGCUCCCCUUCUAAUGAUACUGGAAAGAGCACGGAGAUCACACCAACGGAGUUAUCUGCUCCAGUCGGUCAGGUUUUGGGGAAUACAGAGAUUCCCAUCCGUAAGCAUGACCAAAUCUCAUGA